AAUGUGCAGUAAUAUCCCUAUUCCAUGGUCAUCUGAGUCUGGUUUGCCCUUGCCUGCUUGACAUGACACUCCUGACCUGACAUUGACAUUUACUCGCAGUACGGACUGUCGCUGGUUGGGAUUGGGACGCUUGAAUGUAAAAUAGACUGGCGUGAAUUUAAGUCUUUGGCGAAAUUGGAAAAUUGUAGGUAGUGAACCUAUGUCACCAACAUGUCUUCAAUAGCAGAUAAAUUAACCCUGGACAGAGCGGCUAUGAAAAAUCGAGCCACAGCCCAUCUCCGGAUUUAUGUUGGUGGUCUUAAAGAGAAUGCAACAGUAGAAGAAAUUUAUGAACAUUUUAUCCGUUUCGGUCAAAUAAAUGGCAUUAUAAUUAAUAGAAAUUUUGGGUUUGUUCAAUUUGAAGAGGAGUCUAGUGCUCAAGAUGCAAUUGCAAAAGCAGAUGGUAGUGUUUUUCAAGGAAAAUCAUUAAGUGUCCGGACAGCUCUACAAAAUAAUGAUAGGAAACGUGAGACAGAGGUUGUUACCAUCCAGCCAGACUUACCUCCAGCGGUUGCUCUCAGUGAUAACAUACCAAUCGGCAAUGAUGAUGCUAAUGAAGAUGCUGUAUAUGAUAGCUAUGGGAACUAUGUUGGUGAAGGUGGUUAUAAAGAAGAAGGAUAUGAUAAUGAAUACGAAGAUGGGUACAAGCACCAGGGUUGGAACGAGGGGCGCGGCGGGAUGCGGGGCCGGGGCGGGGGCGGGCCGCGGGGGAGGGGCCGCGGCCCGCUGCGCGCCCGCCCGCCCUUCAGGGACCCGGGGGCGCCUAGAGGCGAUUGGGACCGGCCGGGGUACGACCGCUACCCCUCGCACUCCGACUACCCCCGCGCACUCCCUGUCUCUGAGAAGAACGAUUGUGAAAUCAUCGUCGUAUCUAAAACUCUCACCGAAUACGCAGAGUAUAUCGAAAGUCGGCUGAAACGGCUCGGUAUUGUCGUAGACCUGCUGUUCCCGAUGGAAGACGUGCCAAUAGGCAAAGUGUUGGGCAACAUCGCGUCUCGUGGUUGUCUCUACGCUAUUCUAGUGAUGCCGGCCAACCAGGAGCAUAGGUCGCUGACGCUCACUAUACUGCAUGGAUUGCCACAAGAACACCGCAACAUCCCGCUAGAGGACGCCCUGCAGCUCGUGUCCCGCAACUUCCAGGAGGUGCAGCGCGGCGGCCCCGCCAGCCGCGAGGCCGUGUACGCGCUGCUGGGGCAGCUGGCCGACGGCCGCGCGCUCACCGUGCUGCAGUACGAGAAGGUCAUCGAAUAUCUGCAGGAACGCAAAGAGCAGCAAGUCAAAGUGGAAUUGGGCGAACCCCUGAACUCGGCGCCGGCCAGUAAGACUCAAACGGACCUACAGCAAAGAAUCCUAAGCAUACUGAACGACAAGAAAGUUCUAAACAAACCUGAGCCUCCGCCCGCGCCGGUGCCCGCGCCCGCACCUCAAUCCCCCGCGCAAAAUAAACUACUCAAUGACCCUACAGUCAGAAAAGCUUUAGACUCCAUUCUCUCAAAAUACACGUAGAUAAAAGUAGAUUAUAGGUUAUUUUAAGGAUAGCAGAUUGAUCUCUAGCGUAUAUUGAUUCUGGCUGUUAUGAAACUAUGCAAUAACUAUCUAAAAAUGAUUUUAUAUAUCGCAAUUAUGUGAUGUUUUUUUACAAGGAAUUAUUUUUCUAGCCUACAUGGAUUAAACUUUAGUUAUACUAAACAGUUGCUUUGGUAUAUAUGUUAUACCGUUAUAGACAGCCAAAUAAUUAAGACUCAAUCUAAAAAUAUUAUAGAAAGGGUUAUUUAAUUACACUUUAAAUUCUAGUUAGAAGUUGACAACACUGACACUUGAAAAAUGCAGGUGGCUUAUUGUAAGAUGUUCCACUGCGGCUGGCGACUGAAAUUUGAAUAUUGAAUUCAUAGAAUUCUGCAAUAAAUUCAUGAAAUCUAACAGGCAAUGUAUGCAACAUGUUUUAGCAAGUUUAUAAACCAACAUCUAAAAUAUGUUUCGUCUAGUUCACAACUAAAAGGACUAGAGGUAAUAUAGCUUGUAUUGAAUUCCCAAACCAGGAAAUAACGGAAACAAUUAUCUCAAAUAUUACUAUGUAAUUUCGAGGUAUAAUAAAAGAAAUUAAUAUUA